UUUGUUUCUAAUUAUACGUGCGAGAAAGUAAAGGGACCAUCUUAUAAAAUCUUUAAUUAAAUAAAAAUACAAAUUAUAAACUUGUAACAUUAUUAUUUGAGGGUGAUUGGAGGGGUAUAUAAACCCAGUUUUUUAAGAAAAUUCAUUCAUUAAUCUUUCAAAAUGCGUCAUUUAAUUGAUGAAUGCGCAGAAAUUCUUAAUUGCCACCCAAAAUCUCUUCGUGACCACUUAAAUCACCCGGCAAAGCGUGCACUUCUUCAUUCAAAACUCAAAGGAAGGAUUGUCCGAACGCUCUAUUCGGAUCGGAACGACUUCCGCAAGACCUUCACAUUUCAUGGAUUUACCCAUAAAGGAGCACAUACAUUAAUGGCUUAUGGGGCACUGUCUCGUCCAUAUAAUGUCUCAGUCACAGCUCAUUACUAUUCUCGACAUAGGAUUCGCUUACGUUAUCCUUAUCUCCAAUGUGUGGUUGAGAAAUUCCCUCGACGUUGCGAGGAUCGUUACUAUCCACUUGAACUACUUGAGUUGGUCGAUGAUAAAGAAGAGGAUUAUAUUGGGUUUCCAAUUGUAAACAAUGACAAACCACUUUAUGUCGAUGUCUCCGACAAACUUCGAAUCGACAAAGCAAAUUCUGAUUCAGACAAAAAUGACGAGCCAUUAGAAUUUGAUAUGCUCGAUGAGAUGGAAGGUUGGUAA